UGGCCCUGUGACAUAGCAGAGGUGGCGUUUGCUCUCUCUCGGGCAGAGGAUGUCCAGGUCAGACCCGGGAAAGAAUUCGGAGCCCAGUGCGAGCAAGCUGAGCCUGGAGCUGAGGCCAGCGGCCCCCAGCGACCAGGGCCGCAGCAACGAAGCCUUCCAGGAUGAAGACCUUGAACAGCAGAACACUCCAGGAAACAGCGCAGUCAGGAGCAGAAUUGUACAAAGUGGGGAACAAGGAUUUGCCAAACAGGAAGACAGGCAGAUCACAAUUGAACAGGAGCCUCCAGGAAACAAAGAUGUGGAGGAAGACAGUGAAGAUGGACAUCAGAAAGGGUUCUUGGAAAGGAAGUAUGAUACAGUUUGCGAGUUUUAUAGAAAGCACAGAGUUGUUCUCCGGCGCACCAUCUGGGCUGUUUUACUGACCGGUUUCCUGGCCCUGGUGAUUGCAGCCUGUGUGAUAAACUUCCACAGAGCCCUUCCUCUUUUUGUGAUCACCUUGGUGGCCAUCUUCUUUGUCGUCUGGGAUCACUUGAUGGCCAAAUAUGAGCAGCGAAUAAAUGACUUCCUGUCUCCCAUCAGAAGGCUUCUUGACAGCCAUUGGUUCUGGCUGAAAUGGGUCAUCUGGAGUUCAUUGAUCCUGGCCAUUAUUCUCUGGUUGGCUCUUGACACGGCCAAACUGGGCCAGCAGCAGUUGGUAUCCUUUGGCGGGCUUGUCAUGUACAUUGUCCUGUUGUUUCUGUUUUCCAAACAUCCGACCAGAGUUUACUGGAGGCCUGUCUUUUGGGGAAUUGGACUACAGUUUCUUCUUGGGCUCUUAAUUAUAAGGACUAGGCCUGGAUUUGUUGCUUUUGAUUGGAUGGGGAGACAAGUUCAGACAUUUCUGGGGUACACUGAUGCUGGAGCUAUGUUUGUCUUCGGGGAAAAGUAUACAGACCACUUCUUUGCAUUUAAGAUCCUGCCCAUCGUGGUUUUCUUCAGCACCGUGAUGUCCAUGCUUUACUAUCUGGGACUGAUGCAGUGGAUCAUCAGAAAGGUCGGGUGGCUGAUGCUUGUCACUAUGGGGUCAUCUCCCAUUGAGUCCGUAGUUGCUGCUGGCAAUAUAUUUAUUGGGCAAACAGAGUCUCCACUACUGGUCCAACCCUAUCUACCACAUGUCACCAAGUCAGAACUCCACACCAUCAUGACAGCUGGUUUUGCCACAAUUGCUGGGAGUGUACUGGGCGCGUACAUCUCUUUUGGGGUGUCAUCCACACACUUGCUAACCGCCUCGGUCAUGUCCGCGCCCGCAGCCCUGGCUGUGUCCAAACUCUUUUGGCCUGAAACAGAGAAACCCAAAAUAACCCUCAAGAAUGCCAUGAAAAUGGAAAAUGGUGAUUCCCGGAAUCUCCUGGAGGCAGCCUCGCAGGGCGCGUCCUCGUCCAUCCCCCUGGUGGCAAACAUCGCUGCGAAUCUGAUCGCCUUCCUGGCCUUGCUCUCCUUUGUGAACUCUGCCCUGUCCUGGUUUGGAAGCAUGUUCAACUACCCAGAGCUGAGUUUUGAGCUCAUCUGCUCCUACAUCUUCAUGCCUCUCUCGUUCAUGAUGGGAGUCGACUGGCAAGACAGCUUUAUGGUCGCCAAACUCAUAGGCUACAAGACAUUCUUCAAUGAAUUUGUGGCUUAUGAUCACCUCUCAAAAUUAAUCAAUUUGAGGAAAGCGGCUGGACCUAAAUUUGUGAAUGGCGUGCAGCAAUAUAUGUCAAUUCGCUCUGAGACCAUUGCAACCUACGCCCUCUGUGGUUUUGCCAAUUUUGGUUCCCUGGGAAUAGUGAUCGGCGGACUUACAUCCAUAGCUCCAUCCAGAAAGCGAGACAUUGCCUCUGGAGCCAUGAGAGCCCUGAUUGCUGGCACCAUCGCCUGUUUCAUGACAGCCUGCAUCGCAGGCAUCCUCUCCGACACCCCGGUGGAUAUCAACUGCCAUCGCGUUCUAGAGACCCGCACCGUGCUCGGCAACACCACCGAAGUGCUGACUUGUUGCCAAAAUCUCUUCAACAGCACUGUUGCCAAGGGACCAAAUGACAUCAUCCCAGGAGGAAACUUCAGCCUCUAUGCUUUGAAGAGCUGCUGCAACCUGCUGAAACCAUCGACGCUGAACUGCGAUUGGAUCCCUAAUAUUCAGUGAUCUCAGACACGUGUCCAGUGGGAUUCUGUGUGCGGAUGCGGGAUUUCCUGCUCCGGAGGGAAUAGAUAACUCCUUCGUGGACUCAGACUUAAUGGCAAAGGAGGAACAAAGUCAGGAGUGAAUCCUCCUGAGCUAAAACAUCUCCUUUCUCUCCUUAACCCACCCUCUCUGCGUGGAGAGCUCCUAGGAUGAAGUCCCAAGCUGAGGUGUGAUCCUAAGCCCCAAGAUAUUUUCUGACUUUAUAUUUUUAAGGGAUUUCAGGAAAAAAUAUAUGUGUGUGGAUAUACACACACACACACACACACAUAUAUAUAUACAUAUGUCUGUGUGUAUAUAUGCACAUAUACAUACAUAUAUAUUAUUUUAUAUAUUCAUAUAUAUAUAAUGUACCAUAUAUAUAUGGUAGUUCCCAGCAACUGGGAUAGAUAGAUAGACAGACAGACAGACAGACAGAUAGAUAGAUUGUUGUGUUUGUGUGUGCGGGUGUGUGUGUAUGUGUGUGUGUGGGGGGGGAUAGCUCCCAAUAGCUGGGCUCAGCUGUCCCCUCAUGACGUUUCAAGUAUACCACAGCACUGUGAUUUAAACACAUCUCAGGCAAGGUCAUCCCACCCUCACUCAAGGUCAUCUGAAAUAUCUUCAGCUUGAAUCUCAUGUGAAGGAGGGCUAUUCUGCAAUGACCCAUUCAGUGGCUACACUCCAGAAGUUUCUCAAAUCAAGAGUCUUUCAGAAAAGCACACAGGUCAUAGGAAAACCAAUACUCAAGUCUGUAAAGGUAGAGACGUGUAAGCAGCCAGCUUCCCCACACCUGCGGACUCCCCGCUAACUUCAGCGUCUUCCAAACCUUUUACAGAUAUGUUUGAAAUGCUCAGCUUCGAGAUUCUAAGUCUCAUCAACCUCAGAGACUUGUGAGCGGUCGGCCCCCAUCUUUUUAAAGUUAAUAUUAUAUUUUUUUUAAUGAAUGGCUUUUAUUUGGGGUUAUUUGGCAAUUCUACACAUGUGUAUGAUAUACUUUGACGUACCUGACCCCCACUCCCACUCUCCCCCCCCCCAGCACUCCCCCCAGCUGUCUCCACCUCAUCUUCUUGCCCUCUCUGCUCUAUUUUGUAACUGUUGAGUCUAGGGCUGCCUGCCACAAAGUUGCUGGCGCCCUUGGCUUGAUCUUGUGGGAGGGAGCUCAUGAGUGCAGAGUCUGCGUCCUGUCCAGAAGACAGCAUCUCACAGCUCUUCUCCAGCCCCUGGAUCUCACAGUCUUUCCUUCUGCAUCUCAAGCACUAUUCCCUGUGCCACAGGAAGCGGAUAUAAACGUCCGGUCUGGGGCUGAGCACUCUGUAGUCAUGUAUUCUCACGUUUAUCAGCCACGAGUCUCUGCAUUGCUAAACUGGGGCUUAAUCAUGUCUGUUUUCAGUACCCCGGCUAAAGAAACGGCCCCUAUAGGGGCUGACCUUAGGGAAAUAUGCAGAAACUGUAUGAUAGCUCUUAAAUUUUCCGCUAGGAGCCAGAUUUGGUGUAUGCUCCUGUAUCCCAGCUCUUGAAAGCCAAGACAGGAAGAUCAUGAGCUCAAAACCCGCACAGGGAACAUAGCAAGAGCGCGUGUCCGAACAACAAAACUCACUCAAGGGAAUAACACUCUUCAUUUCCACUCUGCCAUGAGCCAGGGUAAGUUCUGAGACAAGCAGGUGUCUGUGGUCAUCAAUGAACUAUCCUGUCACAGGAGGAAGACAGUGGACACUUCAAAGAAGUAAUUCAAUAGACUACCAAGGUGCCUGACAUCCAAGUCUCUGUCACUGGGUGGAUUGUAUGAAUAGACCUGUUGAUGUGCAAUUUUGUUCUAUUCCUGAUUAUAAGACUGUAAAACAUUAGUCCUCAGUCAGAAAGCCAUGUGAGGGCCAACCAGGAAGGACACUGGAUGCCCACUGAGGCAGGGGUGGCUUUCAUUGGCUCCCCCAUCAAUCAACAAGACACUAGCAUCAGGAAUGCUCGACGGACGACAAUGUUCUGGGGGUAUCAGUAGAACUCCCUUUAAAGAAGUCAGCAUCGACUACGUCGCAGAGAUGCCUGAGGAAAACCCGAGCCAAAGAGCAACUCAAAAGGAAGAGACUCAGCAGGGAAAAGGUUACUCAAUACCUUAACAGGCAUAUUCUGCUUCCCCUUCUGAUCUUGUACAAGAGCAAUUAAAAAAUAAUCUAUGUCUUAA